UAUGGGUUAUGGAGCCCCGCGCCGCUUCUCCGUCCGUGCGCGUCCUCAUGCGACCUCCACCUCCUCCCUCCUCCUCUUCCACUCCCCAAAACCCUAAUCCCCCGACCCCUUCCUCCUCGCUCCCCCCUCUUCCUCCUCCCCACACCUCCUCCUCCUCCUCCUCCUCCUCCACCACCACCUCCGCCGCCUCCACGGCGGCGGCGGCGGCGGCUCCUUCCUUCGAUGGAGUCGUGGUCGUGGGGUUCGUGGGGAGCAGGGCGUCCACGGACGCGGCGCACCUCAUCAACAGGAUCGUCGACGCCAACGUCUUCGGCUCCGGCGGCCUCGAUGAGGAGAUCGUCGUCGCCGCUCGAUCGGAGCCGAGACCUGAAGAAGAAGAGGAUUGGUCUCGAUUCCGAAGGGUUAGCUACUACCACGAUGCGGAGAAAGGUAUGGUGUUCCUACAGCUCUCUUCGUCUCUGUCCCUAACCCCUGAGGAGUUCGAAGCCGAUGAUCUUCGUGGAAUGCUCUUCAUGUUCUCCGUGUGCCAUGUGAUUAUAUUUGUUCACGAAGGGCUCCGAUUUGAGACCCAAUUCCUGAAGAAGUUCCGGAUUCUACAAGCCGCGAAGCAUGCCCUAGCCCCAUUUGUUAGAUCCCAGGUAUCACCACCGAGCUUAGUUCGCAAAUCCCCUUCAUCCAGUUCACUCCCAACUACUUCGAGAGCCUCUUCCAUUUCGCCGCCCACCCGCCAUGGCCGGACCUCGGCUAUUUCUCUAAUGUCGGGUAACAGCUCUCAUGUUUCGGUUUUACCCGGCCAAUGCACUCCAGUCAUCCUCUUCGUGUUUACCGAUUUUAUGUUAGACGGGUCAAAUAGUUUGAAUACUUCGCCUAGUUCGGAGGAUUCUGUUGAUUCCUCUUCUCUUAGUCAGCCUUCUAGUUUAAGUGGAUUGCCAAAACAAAGCUUGACACUUAAAGGCUCUGGAUCGGUUGUAAUGCUGGCUCGGCCAGUGAGUAAAACUGAAGGAAGUUUUAGGAAGAAGCUACAUUCUUCUCUAGAGGCUCAGAUUCGGUUCUUAAUUAAGAAGUGUCGCACGUUGGUUGGGUCCGAACCCGGCCAUUUUGGUUCAAGAGGUAGCAGUAAUUUGGCUCACCUGCCAUUGUUCUCGGUAGAUUCGUCUAGGGUUGUUGCCCUUUUAGACCGAGCGAUGAUUCGGAAAGGCGAUGCAUUGGACUUCGUGACGGGCCUUAUUGAGGAUUCUCUGAGUUCAAAAUCAGAACUAGAUUUGUUCUCACUGAACAACCAUUGCAAUUCAUUGAAUAAUGAGGAUGUUCAAUCCAUAAAGGAUUUUAUAUUAAGGCAAUCUGAUAUGCUGAGAGGUAGAGGGGCCCUUCCAAGUAAUGCAAGUAGCGGUUCUGUUGCUGGUGUCGGUAUGGUAGCUGCGGCAGCUGCUGCUGCAGCAGCAUCAGCAGCUGCUGGAAAAGCACUUACAGCUCCUGAACUCCCGAGCUUAAAUAACUGGUUGUCUUUAAGCACUUCGAUUCUCACUUCAUUGCUAUCUACAAAAAUUGGAUUAUCAAGUGAUUCUGGAAGCAACAAGUCAUCGGCUUUACAAAGCAGUGUUUAUGGGACACUGAAGCAACAGAUUUCUCCGCAAGGAACCAAGUCUAUUGAAGCUGCUCUAUCUUGCUUGGAAAAUAGCACAGGGCUAAACAUGAAAUUCUCCAUCUCCUGGUGCCAGAAAGCACUUCCAGCUGUUAAGGAUGUAUAUUUAAAAGAUUUACCUGCUUUUUACCCAACUGCUACUCACGAAGCACAACUGAGAAAAGCUUUGUCAUCUUUUCACUCGAUGGUUAAAGGGCCGGCCAUGCAAAUGUUCUCUAAGAAACUUGAAGAUGAAUGUAGGUCAAUAUGGGAAUCUGGAAGGCAACAGUGUGAUGCCGUCAGUCUCACGGGGAAAUUGUGCAUGUACCAAAGGCACGAUAAGGAGAAGCAGCACUCUAGCGGAUAUGUUUUCCUUCAUGCAUGUGCUUGUGGACGUUCCAGGCGGCUCAGAGAUGACCCUUUUGAUUUUGAGAGUGCAAAUAUCUCUUUUAAUUCUUUUCCUAAUUGCGAAGAUAAUCUCCCUACUCUUAUACUUCCAAGAGCAAGUAGAGUAGAAGAAUCUUUGCCAGUUGAUUCGUGGCAUUUGGUGCGCCUUGGAGGCACUAGGUAUUAUAAACCAUCAAAGGGCUUGCUCCAAACUGGCUUCUGCUCCUCAGAGAAACAUCUUUUGAGAUGGAUAAUUUCAAUUGAGAAAAGCAAAGGAACGAAUAGCAUGCCUAAUAGUGCUUCCCCUAAAUCUACUUUAACAAGUGUUUAUAUGGAUUCUAAAACUGCUUCUUCUGCAAGUGGAGAUGUAAAGAAGCUGGGUAUAGUUCAAGUUUCAAGAGAAUCUAAGCAGGUCAUAUUGGAAAACCCUAUUAAACGACCUGAAAUGACAUCAAUUGGUCAAUCAGGUAUUAGUUUCGGUAAAGGUCUUCCUGCUUUUACAAUGAAAAAGCCCUUUUCUGAAGUUGUUGCUGGUAAAGCUAUAAAAGAUUCAGAGUUUCCUAGUCUUCAGCAAAGAAGAGAACCAAAACCAAGUGGAGAAAAGGGAAUAAGACAAGUGAUAGGAGAUCAAACUGAUGAUCGCAUUCAUUCAGCUUACAGUAAUCAAGCUCCUCGAACUGAAAAUGCUUCUGUGGAAAGCGCAAACAGGACUACCUGCAACAAUGAUGAGAAACCCUUUUUGCAGAUAGGGAGCAAUAUAGUGCCGGUAAUUGUUGGGGCUGAAAGGACAAAACCAAGUAAAAUUUUACAACAGUUUGUAGUUUACAUUGGAUUUGAGCAUGAGUGCCCUUAUGGGCAUCGAUUCUUGUUGUCUGAAGAACAUCUGAAGGAAUUUGAAACUCCGUACUCUUCUUCUGAAGACUUUGAAAUAAAUACGGAGAGCAAGAACGGCGUUUAUGAAGUACCUCCAAAUGUAUCUGGAGUGGCUAAUGUGGCUCAACCUUAUGUAAUGAAAAGCAAUAAGUUGCAAUCUUUUCGACCAGUUGAUGAUAAGGAAAAGCUUGAAGAAAGUCUAGCACAGGUUAAAUUUAAUGAUGGGGGAAGUGCAUUUUCUCUUUUGAAUAGGAAACUGCCUAUAUAUAUGAACUGUCCACACUGCAGAAGUUCUGCAAAACAGGAAAACAAAAAUGCCAAAUUUGCGAGUACUAUCUCGCAGCUUCAGCGAAUUUUUCUUGUGACUCCUGAAUUUCCUGUCGUAUUAGCAACAUGUCCGGUAGUCCAAUUUGAGGACUCUUGCCUGCCUCCAUCUAUCUCUGACCACAACAAGCCACAAUCACGAUUUAGCAUUGGCUGCCAUGUGAUUCUACCACCUGAGAGCUUUCUUACAUUGAGGCUCCCAUUUGUUUACGGAGUUCACAUGGAGGAUGGGAGUUUGCACCCACUAAAUCACCUCGAGCAUCGACCAGAGCUCAGUGCCUGGCUUGUCGAAGGGACAGCUUUGCAAGUUGUCUCUGUAGGACAUGCUCAAGACGAUGAAGUCGCUGUGCAGUGAGAAAUCGAUGGCGAUGGUUCAGCACAUUUUUAAGCUAUAAAACUAGCUGCAUAUUUGAUUGCAUCUAGAUCCAUGAAAUCAAAGGAUUUUAAGCUAUUGCCUCAGUUGGUUGGAGAAAAAAGGUAUGAAUGGAUAAACAUAAACUUCAUCUCAUCUUUGAUGCAAUCGCGCAGCUGUGAAACACUUGUGCUUGUGCGAAUGCAUGCACAUGCGUACGCAAGUUUUCUUCACAUAACUUUUAUUCUCAUUACGGAACAGAAUUAGGAAAACCUAAGCUAGGAAAUCAGAGCUCUGUACCAAGUCCGGCGCUUAAACCGGGGGAAAGAAUCGAAUGCUUGAAGCGCGUUUAAUGCACGCAACAGGUACAUGAUGUUUUCAUCUAGAAUGGAUGGUGGUUGGUGGUUCCUCGGAAAGAACAGAAAGGAAAAAAGCAAAAAGGAAAGCGUGUAAAAGAGAGGAUCAUGCUCAUGCUCGGAUCAUCGGUUGCCUCAGUGUUCUGAUUUAGUUCUCUUUGUGUUCUGAUUGACUUCUUCCUCUCAGCAUUUUGUCGAACUACCUAGAUGUAGACUGCAUAAAAUUCAGGUGUAAAGUGCUCUUUGUUGAUCAUUAUGAUACUCUUACCUUUUGCAAUAAGUUUAGUGUCUAAGAAUUCAAUAUGUUUUUUCUUUCUCUUCCAACCCUCGAUAAAUUUUCUAUGGUAUCUUUAAAAUUAUAGUUUAUUGGAUUGUGUUA